AUGUUCCGCCUGUUCGGACACCCCCAGGUGUCGGUCCUGAACGGAGGCUUCAGGCGCUGGGUGAGGGAGGGUCACCCCGUCACAGAGACAUACACCCGGCCACAGCCUGGCAAGUUCCGUGCCAAGCUGAACCGAGAAUGGAUCAAAACUUUUGAGGACAUGACAGAGAAUAUUUCAACGCAGCAGUACCAAGUAGUAGACGUCAGACCUUAUGCCAGGUUUCUGGGUGAGGAGGCCGAGCCACGAGAAGGUGUAGGUCCAGGCCACAUCCCAGGGUCCAAGUGCAUGCCUUUCUACAGCUUUCUUGAUCAGGAUGGCAUGCUGCUUUCUCCAGACAAGCUGAGGAGGUUCUUCCAAAAGGCUCAGGUGGACCUGCAGAGGCCCCUGUGUGGCACCUGUGGCUCUGGGGUGACUGCAUGUCACAUGGUGCUGGCUGCACACAUCUGUGGAGCUCCAGGAGCAACAGUGUACGAUGGCUCAUGGUACGAGUGGUUCAAUAAAGCACCUAAAGAGCACAUUGACACCGGUGUUUCAAGCAAGCCCUAA